AUGUCCACGUUAUCCAAUGUGACGCCAGCCAAAGAACUCAGCAAAGAACAGCUAGGAACCAUCUUCUGGCACUUGUUUAGUCGUUUGGCUCGGUAUCGUAAUCUAUGUCAACUUCAUGCAAUGUCAGAAUACCAAACAUCGUCGGCUCCUCAAAACACCAAAGAGGACAUGAAGAAGGGAUUCGAUAAGGAGAUAGAUGAAUGGGCACAGAUGAUAGUGGAUAGAACCUGGAUUGCGUGCAAAAGCCCCGGAGACGUUUGUCCAAAGCUCGACCCACUCGCAGACACGUCUACAACGAGCUUAGAUCACAUGCCCCCCGUCAAUGAAACAGCGAGCGUCUUUAACGCAAUCCUGUUCCUUGUUGUCACGUCUACGCAAAGCUAUUCGUCGAGGACGCGCUCCUUCCUCGUAUCCUUAGGGCCGUUGGACGAAGGCGCGGUGGUCAGAACAUUAAAGCAUCCAGACCAAGCACUAAAAGAAGCGCAAGAACAUGCACAACAAACGACUGUAGCGCAUGCUGAGCGUGGCAAGACGUUACGCAUGGUCGGCAUAGGCGUUGGGGCUGUCGCUGGGGGCAUCCUUGUCGGAGUCACUGGUGGAUUGGCAGCACCUCUAGUUGGUUCUGGCGUCGCGACGAUACUAGGCUGGGCAGGCAUCGGGGGUACGGCCGUUGGCUUGUUUGCCAGCGGUCUAGCUGGGUCGGCGGUCGUGUGUGGCGCACUCUUUGGUGCAUACGGCGCGCGCUCCACGGCUGAAAUGGUCGAACGAUAUACACGGGAAGUCCGGGACUUAAAGAUCGUUCCCGUGAUGCCAUCCAAAGAUACGUUAGCAGUUAGACUAUGUGUGAGCGGAUGGCUUGACGACGCUGCGGACGUCACCGCGCCAUGGACGAUUUUUGACGGCGAUGAUACAUUUGCCCUUCAGUGGUAUCAGGAAGUAGAUGCUCUCAAGGAUCUGGCCAACGCCUUGAGUGCAUUGAUUAAAACACAUGCGAUGAAGUUUGCCAAAGUAGAGAUCAUCAAACGUACGGUAUUCGCUAGUUUGAUGGCAUCUCUUUCCCCAAUCGCAUGGUUGAAAAUCGGACAGAUAAUUGACAACCCAUGGAUGAACGCUAAGGCAUUGGCCGUCAAGACAGGCGCUGUUUUGGGAGAAUUGAUAGCGAAGCGAGCGUUCGGAAACCGUCCGCUAACGUUAACAGGAUAUUCUCUGGGUUCCUUGGUUAUCUUCGAGGCCCUUCGCUAUCUUGCAUCGCUACCGCCAAAGGAAACUACACACCUGAUUCAAGAUGUCUACCUCUUUGGCACACCUGUCCCCUCCGACGAUGUAGCAUGGACGGCUUCCCGCCGCUUGGUUGCCGGGCGCUUGGUCAAUGGCUACGCUGCAGACGACUACGUGCUGGCCGUUCUGUCUAGAGUUUCCGACGUAAAUUGGAGCGUCUCUGGCCUGGAACCUGUUGAUGUCAUGGGCGUCGAAAACAUCUUAUGCGAGGAAGUAGAAGGGCAUACUUAUUGGCGAGGCAUGAUUGGUACGUGCCUAAGGAAAAGCGGGGCACCAGGGGUAGUUUCGGCGGCUGUGGAUCGGCAGAUACAAGAAGUUGCGGUGCCGACUGCGAAGGACAAUGCACUUGGCGACGAAGAAGUGGAACGUCCUUUACAGCAGGGUGUCUAG